AUGCAGCCUGAAAGCAGGGAUAAGGAGACCUGGGGCAGUGAGAGCCCUGGGGCAGUGAUGAAGUAUUCUGAAUUCUGCAAUUCUGAAGAAGUCAAGAAAAUACCUUCAGGUGACGGGAUUUUGACAAUUCUGUUCAUUGCUCAGACUGGGGUUGGGCUUCUGGGGAAUUCAAUUCUGCUCAUGCUGUAUAUCACCAUUUUCAUUUUCCAUCACCAACAGAAGAAGAUCACAGACCUGAUCCUCACUCACCUGACUGUGGCCAACACAGUGACCCUUCUCACCCAGACUACUCCAGGGAUGGUUAUUGCCUUCAGGUGGGAGAAUUCUCUGGAUGGUUUUGGGUGCCAGGUCAACUCCUGUAUCAGGAGAGUGGCCAGAGGCCUUUGUAUCUGUACCACCUGUCUCCUGAACAGUUUCCAGCCUGUCACCAUCAGCCCCAGCAGCUCUGGCUGGGUCCAUCUGAAACACCAGGUCCCCAGGUUGAUCUUGCCUGCCUUUAUCAUAUUCUGGAUCUUCAAUCUAUUAGUGAAAAUGAAUGUACUAAAACCAAUUGUAGACAACAAAAAUGUCACCAUUUCAAUCAGUGGUGACAGUAGGAAGAGUUGUACUAGCAUAUUUUAUUUAAAUAAGAUAAAUAAUUCUUCAUUUCUCACUGCUAAAACUUUCUGUGAUGUCUUCUUUGUGCUCCGCAUAAGCUGGGCCAGUGGUUAUAUGGUACUUGUGCUACACCACCAUCGUAGGCAAGCCCAGCACAUUCAUAGCAGCAGCCAAACCCACAAAGCUUCCCCAGAGACCAGAGACAUCCAGACCAUCCUGCUCCUGGUCACUUGCUUCGUUUCUUUUUAUUGCAUCAAUAGCAGCAUUACUCUGUUUAUGAAUUUUAUUAAGAUGGAUGACAUGACGCUUUAUGAUCCUUUAUCAUUUCUGGGUUCAUGUUAUGCUUUCCUUUGCCCCUGGGUGCUGGUCAGCAGUGCUCCCCGCAUUUCCAGACUCAAAUCAAUCUUUUAA